CCGAUCCGCUCGAGCUGCGACUGAGACAGCGACAGCUACCGAUCCUCCAGUGCUAAGUGCAGAGUGCGCAAUGGCCGGGCCUCAGGUGCAGCAUACGCAGCGACCAAAUAGCGCCUACUACACAGGUCUCAAUGGCAGUGGCGGCUCCAGUGGCGGCGGCGGCGGCGGUGGCGGUGCCGGCCCUGGUGCUGGUGGCAUGGCCAGCAGCGCCUCACAUACGGGCCUGGGGCUGCAUGCGCUGCGCCAAGUGUCCAACGAGACGGAGCUAAUAUAUCGCGGCAGUCACAGCAAUGGCACGGUUAACGAGCUGCCCGGCGCCGGUCAUGGACGCCAGCUGCCCGGCGCCAUGGGCAACAGUCGCAUCAUACAGCAGCAGCCGGCGCACAGCUCGCGCGACAACAUCGUGAGCAGCAUUGCGGGCACGGGCAGCUGUGCCACGGAUGCACUAAUUGGCACGAUUGCCACCAGCGCUGGAGCCGGAAGCAGCAGCGCUUUGGCAGCGUUUAGCAGCAGCGGAGGUGGUGGUGGAGGUGUCGGUGGUUCUGGUGGCGCCGGCGUCCAUCUCAAAAAGUCCAGCACACAGCGCAGCAUUGAGAUCAUUGUGGAUGCCACGCAAUGCGGCAAGGAAGCAGCCGAUACGGACGAUGUGGAGCAGGGCGAAGGUGGCGGCCAGGAGUCAUCCUCAUCGGUGCGCAAAUCCUCGCGUCAUCGCCACCGGCCACUGCAUCGACGCCUGAUCAGCUAUCUGCGUAAUCUGUUCCAGGGCAGCGCAGCACAGAAUGCACUGACUGCGCUCCUCUUGGCCUGGGGCUGUAUCUCCAAGCGUAAGCGGAUUCCCCCUUUCCAUCCGCUAACAACCCCGCUCUCGCGUUGA